AGGGAGUUUUCGGUAAUUUCUUAUUUCGAUUUUGUAGCAAAACGCACCGUCUCUCCCUCUACCGCCAUGACCACCACCCACAAUGGCCCAACCCAGUACUCCAUGGAACACUCGCUUACGAGAGCUAUCGAAGCAAUGUCUGUUCUUCGAAGCCCUCACUGUUUACCGCCAAAUGCUCCACCAUGGCCACUCACCUAACGCUUUCACUUUCCCCUUCGCUCUCAAAUCCUGCGCAGCCCUCUCGCUUCCUUUGGCCGGUUCCCUGCUCCAUUGCCACGUCGUCAAAACCGGCUGCGAGCCCGAACCAUUUGUGCAAACUUCAUUAAUUUCUAUGUACUGUAAGUGUUGCUUGGUCGACGAUGCACGUAGGGUGUUCGAUGAAAAUCCCCACUCGAGAAAGCUAACUGUGUGCUACAAUGCUUUGAUAUCUGGGCACACUUCAAAUUCGAAAUUUUCUGAUGCGGUUUCGUUGUUUCGUCAAAUGAGGGCGGCGGGUGUGGAGGUUAAUUCGGUUACGAUGUUAGGUUUGGUUCCGGGGUGCGCGGCUCCGGUGCACCUGGGUCUCGGGAUGUGCCUUCAUGGUUGUAGUGUUAAGUGUGGCUUUGACGUUGAUUUGUCUGUGACGAAUUGUUUGCUGACAAUGUACGUGAAGUGUGGGUCGGUUGAUCAUGCAAGGAAGCUGUUUGAUGCAAUGCCUGAGAAGGGUUUGAUUACUUGGAAUGCGAUGAUUUCUGGGUACGCGCAGAAUGGGCUUGCUACUCAUGUCUUGAACUUGUACAAGGAGAUGGAAUCUUGUGGUGUUAGUCCUGACCCCGUGACACUAGUUGGGGUUCUUUCGUCUUGUACUCACAUUGGUGCACACGGUGUUGGACGGGAGGUAGAACGACGGAUAGAGUCUUGUGGAUUUGGUUCCAACCCGUAUUUGAGCAAUGCUCUGGUUAAUAUGUAUGCUAGGUGUGGUAAUUUGGUGAAGGCUCAUGCUAUUUUCGAUGCCAUGCCUGAGAAAAGCUUAGUUUCUUGGACAGCAAUUAUAGGUGGGUAUGGGUUGCAUGGACAUGGAGAGAUUGCAUCGGAGCUCUUUAAUAAAAUGAUUAUGACUGGAAUUAGACCAGACAAAGCAGUGUUUGUGACCAUUUUGUCUGCCUGUAGCCAUGCAGGAUUGAUGGAUAAGGGGCUAGAGUAUUUCGUUGCAAUGGAGAAAAGAUGUGGGUUGCAGCCUGGUCCAGAGCAUUACUCUUGCAUGGUAGAUCUUUUAGGCCGCGCAGGUCGACUCCAGGAAGCCAAGGAACUAAUUGAGUCAAUGCCGGUAAAGCCUGAUGGUGCUGUAUGGGGUGCCCUCUUGGGUGCUUGUAAAAUACAUAAAAAUGUAGAGAUAGCAGAGUUAGCUUUUGAACAUGUCAUUGAGCUUGAACCAACCAAUAUUGGUUACUAUGUGUUGUUGUCGAAUAUAUACUCCGAUGCAAAGAAUCUAGAGGGGGUUCUAAAGGUUCGAGUUAUGGUGAGGGAGAGGAAGCUCAAGAAGGAGCCAGGGUGUAGCUAUGUUGAAUGUAAAGGAAGAGUCCAUGUUUUCUUGGCUGGGGAUAAAACCCACUGUCAGGCAGAAGAAAUAUACAAAAUGUUGGAAGAAUUAGAAACUUUAGUGAAGGAACCUGGUCGAGGAAGAAACGAAGAACAACUCAUCGGUGCUAAUGUUCACAGUGAAAAAUUGACAGUUGCAUUUGCGCUCUUAAACACCGAACCGGGGACCGAGAUCGUAGUGAUAAAGAACUUGAGGGUAUGUGGAGACUGUCACUUGUUUAUAAAGUUGGUUAGCAAGAUUGUGGAUCGCCAGUUUGUUGUCAGAGAUGCAACUCGUUUUCAUCAUUUCAGGAAUGGAGUCUGUUCUUGUAAAGACUACUGGUGAUACCCCUUCGCAGCUGUCUCUGAAUCAACAAGCUUUGGUUAAAAAGUUAUUCCAAACUGUUCCCAGCAUGCUUCUGAUUGUGCAUUGCGUCCAGAUUGGUUCAAGUUUCCAAAAGUUUGAAUUGGAAAGGAGAUCUUGGGUUCAAAAUCUUGAGAUAGCUUCAAGGUCCGUCGUUACGUAUUGGAUUUUUGGUUAUUGAAGACACAAUGCAAAGGACAAGGGUUACAAGUUUCCUGCAAGUGAUGAGCAAAAUCCAUUUUGAUAUCCCUAUCCCAAUUUAAUGUGUUCAUGGAUUUUCUGUGUAACAAUACAUUGAUUCAAAGUACAAUAAAGAGAAUCACUGGCAAGGUUACUUUCCUACCAUACUAGUGGGGCAAGACAUAGUUAAACGUUUCUAGGUGAUUCUUUUAUAAGAAGCCCGAAAAAUCAUGUCAUUAGAGUAGAAUAUUACUCUUCAAUGAGGAGAAAAAGAUUUUUUUUUGUAAUUUGCAGACUUAAAAUAACUUAUAUUUCAUACUUUCAGAGUUGCUAGAGG